AUGCCUUCCAUUUCCUCUCUCUGCUGCUCCUCCAGUGACAGGCCAAGCAAGCUGGAAGCGGAAACUCGUCACGCCCGCAUCAUUGCCGUCACGAAUUACACAAGUGCGAGCAGCACUCGUCACCUUCCACAGCGCUGGGACUACCCACUGGAAGAAAACCCGCCCGCAUACGAAGAUACCGUCCAACAAUCGUUGCUCGUUGCAGACGAGAAGCAGCCCAUAGGCUUCCAAUUGACCGUGGAAGCUGGGAAUGGCACCCCUCCUCCUCCUGCCUCCCCGCGUUCCUCCGUCAUCUCGAUCCCCUCCACACGCCUGACAGACCUCACGGCGGCACAGACUGGUGAAACAGUGAGGACAAGCUGGCGCGAAAGUCUAGCGCUGGACAGAACCUCGACGAGCGGGAGUCUACCACCUUACUCUUACUACGCACGGAGGAGUUCGAGUCCGGCAUCAACAGGCGUAGUCGUGGGUGAACGCGAAAGAGACGCCGUAUGGCAACACCCAGUCAUGGCGAGCAAUUGGCUCGAGGUACUGAGCCAGGGUUCCUUGCCGCGAAAUUUGCGGCAAAGAGACGAUCGUCAGCCAACUGGAGAGAACACAACGGGAGCUGGAUAUGGCUGA